GUUGAAUGUUAUUUCCCAGCCGGAAAUUCCGGCUACUGCAUGGUAGCAACGGAAAUAAUGAUCUGAACAUUGCCCGAAGCCAUAAUGGAAGGAUGAUAUUUAUCGGUGCAAAUCAGAGUAAAUUAACUUUCUAUGUAUCGGUUGUAUUUUCGAUUGUGUUUACGUGAUCAUUUGCUACUGUGUAGGAGCUGUGAGGCAACGUAGGUAGCAAAAGAAGCGAAGUAAUUAUGUUUGUGGUCGAGUGAUUUUAAACUAAUCGAGCAGCGAUCCAUUUACUAUUUCACCACAAAAAUGACUGUACAGCCCUGAUCGUGUCGAGAAUAAGAGUUAAACUUCAAACCGACCACCCUGUGAAGACUACCGUCCGGCGAUUGGACGUGAAUAUUGCGUGUUAUCGAAUUUUGCACUUCUCAGUUUUUGUCCUGCAUAUUCUCUAUAUAUAUAUAUACUAUUAGAUUCCGAGCAAAUGUAGGAGAAAUAUUUUUAUUAGUACUGUGUUGGGCAGGCAAAGUUCGUGGACAAUAGUAUGUAUGCACAAAACGUUGAAUGUGCGAAACGACAUGACAAUGACCCGGUGUUUUCCUUAGUUCAGAAUUUCCUAUUUUAAGUAAAACGCUUUACGAUGAUACUUGAGUUAAUCCGUAAAAUAUUGGCUUGGGUUUGCUAGAAAUAGAACUUGUUUUUUCAUAUUUUUGGCUACAGUAGAGAUUGAGGAAUUCUAUAGCAUAUCACAACUAUUUCCAUUACUUCUUGGAGGCUUAUAAAUUGUAUAUAGUUCGGUGACUUGAGAUGACGAUAAGCUUUUCAUAAAAUGGGAUUGUUUUUGUUAUAUCGCAUAUUUUGUUGUCAGUCAUACUGGAUAAAUAAAAUUAAAUUAUAAAAUUAGUGGCACCGAAGAUAUAUCGUCUUUUUUUUAAAUACUUUUAUUCAAUUUAUUUUGCAUGGUAAUAUUUAAUACAUAGGAAUUUAUGAAGCAAAGACAUGAACAAAUGUGGUUUGAAAAGUCCACAGCAAGUUAUUGUGCUUUUAUGCGUUGCUGUAUGUGUUGGAUACAUGAUAUUCGAGGCUAGAGUUCUGAAAGAUUUUAGAUACCCGCAAAUGCUGAGAGAUUACGAUUUUGUCUCACAUAUAAGGAAAUAUACCCCGCCAAAAAUCGGGCAGGACAUGGAAUCGAUCAAACUACGUAGCACAAACAGUGUUCAAACCCAAUACGACGGUGUCGAGUUAUCCGGAGUUUUGGACGAUUAUGAGGCUGAAGACCAAAUGCCUAAAAAGAAAAUGCGAGCUGUUGUCAUAGUUGCAAGUUAUAGAACCGGGUCAUCUUUUAUUGGCCAACUAUUUAAUCAACACCCUGAUGUGUUUUAUCUGUUUGAACCUCUAUUCUUCAGUAACUGGCCUCGGAUACAGGGUCAUCCAGUUGACAAAGUGGUGGAAGAUCUACUUUUAUGCAAAAUGAAUUCUAUGAGAGAUGAGAUACGACAUGCUCAUCUUGACGCAUUACAAAAUUUUAGAAAACAACCAACAUUUAUAUUGCGUAAACGCUUGAGACAGACCGAAGUUUGCAUGGAAAAAUCACUGUGCUUCAGGGGUAAAAGUAAAGCGAUAUGCACCAGAGAAAUGUGUAGAAAUAUUUCAUCUACUGAGUGCCAGUCAUGUCCCGCUCCUUCGCCAGACAUGAUGAGAAAGGCUUGCUUGAAUGCUGAAGUUCGCGUGAUUAAGGUCAUCCGUAUCGAAGAUUUGAUGACUUUGAAAAGAGCAUGGAAUCACCCUGAUAUUGAUUUGAAGAUAAUUCAUCUCGUCAGGGAUCCAAGACCAACACUCCUUUCUCGACUUAAACUGCGCAGAACAGAAGCUACUGGUAAAAUCGUAGAAGCAACUUGUCGAAGAAAUGUACGAAUUCAAAAGCAAUAUUUAACGAAUGAGACAGAAUUUAAAUGGCUGGAGGGAAUCUAUAAAUUAGUCAGGUAUGAAGAUGUGAUUGAAAAUCCUCUGCUCUUUGCUGAAAAAUUAUAUGACUUUAUAAAUUAUGAAAGCUUCAUUGUCAAUUCUGAACUCAAGAAAUGGGUACAAAGUAGUACAAAAUCAACGGAUCACAACCUUUUUGGAACAAGUAGAGAUGUAAGCCAACAGAAACUCAAGUGGAGAACACAGUUGUCUAUGGCAAUAUUAAAUGACGUUCAAGAAACGUGCAAAGACAUGAUGUCUUUGUUUGGUUACAAAUCCAUUGGAUCGAGAACACAGUUGUAUAAUUUUACAGAUUCGUUACUGGUGCAUUGAGUGAACGCGAAAAUAAUUCUUUGUGACAUAAGAUUUCGGAGGUUAACACUGUGAAACACAAAAUAUGUCGGUUCGUGCAUUAUGAUUCAAGUUACGUUCCUCGCGUUACUACGCUUAUUUGUACAUGUGUCGUUGCAAAUGGCUUACUGGUCUAUAUAUCUAAUUAAUAUUAAUGAAUUGUUUGCUAUGCAAGUAGGAAUCGAACCCGAGAUAUUGAUAUAACGUUCAUCCGCCAAUCUGCUCUAUUUAUUAUCACGAUCACUGCUCACCAAACUAUUUUUCUUCUGGUUACAGGUUAGUUCCGACUUAACUUUGUUAAAAUUCACUGUAGUAUUAAAUACAGUUCAAUACGACUUUCUCAA